UGUUUAGACGCUGGGACAUAUGGCUGAGGCGCCACCUGCGGGUGGUCGGCCGUCGCGGCGCUACCUGACUAGCGUCGCUGGCGUCCCGCCAUGUCCACGCGGUCCAGCGUCCAACGCCGCCCCUCCCCGCAGCGCCGCUCCCACCUCCAGGCGUGUGAGACGUUGCGAUGUCGACCUUGCUCUUGGAGUUUGCCGAUGAGUGACACGUCUCGAACUGACGACUCAGCGCCUAGUCUCUCAGCGUACCCACCAGCUUUUGUCAGUCUCAUUACCACUUUUAUAAAAAGAGCGGAGGAAGCAGAGACUAGAGCUCACAAGGCUCUGGUGAUCCUGAGGGCUAAGGACUCCCAGGUUAUCCAGCUCCAAAAGAGGAUGGAAGUGCUGGAAAAGAUCGCUUCCAGGCUGGAAGAAGUAAUGGUGCCGCCCCUGAACUUGCCUCCGUCACCACAAUCGUCGGAGGAAGAGGAAGCUUGUUACCCCAGAGACCAUGCGGUUGUUGGGAGAAGCCAAAGGAAUAAUGGCCCACCUUUGGAGACUCUUUACGAGAGGUAUCCAACUUCACAGGGCAUGAGAAACAAGACAGAGGCGCAGGAGGUUCACAAUUGCUACACCAGGUGCCAGCACUUGAUAGAUGGACUGGAGCGCUCCAACUGUCAACUUCGAGAAGCCCUGACUGAGGAGAGUCAGCAGCGGGUGAAGGAUCAUGAGCAGUAUGUGAGCACACUGGCCAAGGUCACUCAGGCAGUCAAGGAUAUGACCUCCCAGUCGCAGGAUAGUCAGGAGCAAACACAGAACAUGAGCUCUCCAAAGGGUGUUAUGAACAAUGAUACAACUGGGUUUGGUGCUGCAGGAGAUAGUCAGGCUGUUCCACAAAUUCAAGAAGAUGACAAACCUCAAACAAACCAGAUGAGUUUGGUGAACAAAACAGAAUUUAGAGACGAAAUAAAUUUGGCCGAAAAUAUCAUUAAGGCUCUUUGCGGCAGAUUGGAAAGAGGAAUGAGCAAUACAAGAAGUUCUUCUUUUGGUAGCACAAAGAGAAAAUCAAGUAAAAAAGUCCAAGUUCACAAAUCCAAGAGCUCAGUGAGUAUCUACCAAACUCCGAGAUCUUCUGUCACGAGUUACAAGUCCAAAAGAAAACCUCAAGCUCUGCAUUUAUUUGUUUCUGCACUGAAAAAACAGAACAAAAGGCUCAAAGCAAAGUGCCAACAUUUUUGUGAGAAGUUUAAAGAGAGCGUAAGUCUCUGCGAGAGCCUCCAGAGAGACAUCGUCACACUGACAGAUCAGAACAACUCGGAACAGAAGGAGGUGAAGAUGGUCAACCAAUCCGUCCAGACUGGGAAGAUUUUAAGUAUCCCAAUGGUGGGAAGAGUCCCGAUGCCAGGGAAAGUCUCGAUCGUGGGAAACACACGGUCCACUCAUCUGCUCCAGGGGCGACUAGAUGCUGCUGCACAAGUGAUGGCACGUCAGUGCAAGCAGAUCCAGGGGCUUCGGCAAGACCUUGCUGUCAGCAAUAGCACCGUCAACUCACUCAAGAAAAGGUUGUCGCGAGCGGAGGCUGCAGCUGCUGGUAAGGAAAUGGUCGACGAGACCUUCAGGAAACAGCUUCAGGACUCUGAGGACAAGAAUUACAUUCUUGCUCAGGAAGUACAGCAGCUGAAAGAUGCCUUGAAUGGACUCAAGCAACAGCUUUCAACUCAGAUCGAAGAAAGUAACAAGGAAAAGAAGCAGAAGGAAGAGAUUGCAGAGAAAUUUGAAGAAAUGAGAUGCACUAUGGAGUCACAGUUGCAGUUCCUGAGCUCAACGCUGCAAGCAAGGGAUGCCCUGAGUGAUCAAGCCACUAGCGAGCUGGAGGCAAAGCUCAGCAGACUGAAGGAGCAAUUUGUCGCUCAAGUGAGCGAAGCGAGCCAGCGGCUUGUAGCUGCAGACAGCAAGAUACAAGAACUCUAUCUUGGGAUCGAGACUUUCCUAAAACUGCUGUUCAGCGUCACCAAAACCUCCACUCCUUCUGAUCUGUCUCCUUCGUCUCAAGCCCAGGCAGUGCAGAUGGCCAGUGACAUACUCCAGCUGGAGCCUGGACAAGUCCAGACCUUCCUGCACUCAUCGCGGUACGAAAACUAUAUGGUCAGCCGGUGGAUAAAGGAAUGCAAACGUCUCGUUCAUGACAAAGUGUUUGCCAAAAACCUUGGCCAUUUUCUCUUGGACACUGUGUUGGAGGCGAGACUCUGUUAAGAGCAUUGAAGAACGUUAUUUCCCUCCUCCAACUGUAAUAAUGAUGUAAAUGUGUAAAAAAUUAUUUACAAUGCAUAAAGAAUUUAUUUUUAAAUAAAUUUGUAACACCA